AUGGGGUCCACGUGUGGGAUGAGAGGGAGCAACACCAGCCAAAGUUUCCAUAACUUUGGCGGAAGGCAAAGAAUUUCCUGUGCUGCCGGAAGUCUUGAUGGCUCUUGCAGGCUCAACGGCAUCCGUGAGGUUUGUGUUAACAAGCAUCUCUUACAACCUCUCUAUUUGGGGGUUGACCCAAAUGACCAUCAUAUAAAAGCACAUGAGAAGGAGCAGAUGAAGGCCCUCAACAACCAGUUUGCCUGCUUUAUUGACAAGGUACAAAACCUGGAACAGCAGAACCAGAUGCUGCGUACCAAAUGGCAACUGCUGCAGAACCAGAAUAUUCCAGCCGGGAAGAAAGAUCUUAAGCCUCUCUGUGAAAAUUACAUCACCAACCUGAGGAGGAAACUGGACCUCGUAUUGUGCGAGAAGAACAAACUCGAGAUCCAGCACAAAACAAUGCAGAACCUCGUGGAGGACAAUAGAAGCAGGUAUCAAGAAGAAAUGAACAGACGGACAAAUGCCGAAAAUGAUUUUGUCAUGCUGAAGAAGGAAGUUGACGCUACAUUUCGAUGUCAGAAGGAACUGGAAACAAAGCGGGAGCUGUUGAAAGAAAAUCUUGACUUCUUGAGAGUUUUCUGCACAGAGGAACUUGCUGCUUUGAAUCGUCAGUUCUAUGAUACGUCUGUUGUUCUCAAUAUGAACAACAGCCGCCGCCUGAACAUGGAUGGCCUCAUUCAGAGCAUCGAAUGCUGGUAUCAGACCAUCGCACAGAGAAGCAAAGAAGAAGCUAAUCUCUUUUACCAGAACCAGAUUCAGAAUCUUCAGAACAAAAGUUGCCAGUUCCAUGAGAACCUGAAAAGAAACAACAACGAAAUUACAGAGCUGAACAGGAGGAUCCAAAUAUUUCAGUGCCAGGUGGAUACUGAGAAGAAAAAGGUUGCUGCUCUGCAGGCUGCCAUUAGCACCACUGAACAACAUGGCACCUGUGCUGUUAAAGAUGCCCAAACUAAUUUAAUGGAACUUCAGACUACUUUGCAGAAUUCCAAAGAUAAGCUGGCUGCCCUCUUGCGCGAUUACCAUGACCUAAUGAAUACCAAACUGGCCCUUGACAUUGAGAUUGCCACAUACAGGACAAUGCUAGAAGGUGAAGAGAACAGGUGA